GAAACGUACAACACAAGACAGUCAGAAUCAACAAAUGUUUUGUUUGGGUUCUAGGCCUGUGUAUUCUCAAAUUAACUGCCCAAGAUAAGUUUUAUCUAAUUUAAACGAAAAGCCAUGUCAACUGUGAUUUUGAGAACGGAUCCUUGAUCAACAAGGUGGCUACAUUAGAGCAAAGUACAGCUUUGUUAGCUGGUAACAAAGUUACUUAUUAGCAGAGGCAUUAUAAAGUGCUCUUUUUGCCUGUUCCCAUUCGACAAUAAGUCCCCCCAGAUGUCAACUCUGUAAUAUCGAGGCAAGAAGAAAUGACUGAAAAAGGUGCGGCAAAUAUCUUCAUUUUGGACGGAGGUCUAUCGACAGAAUUGGAGGCAGCUGGGUUUAAAAUACAGGGCGAUCCACUGUGGAGUGCUAGACUCUUACACACAAACCCCAAGGCUGUCAAGGAUGCACAUCAUAGAUUUCUCAGCAGUGGCUCCGAUGUCAUCACAACAGUUACAUACCAAGCCAGCAUAGAGGGAUUUGUACAACAUCUGCACCAGACACCUGACCAGGCUGAAAUACUGCUGAGGUCAGGGGUUCAGCUGGCCAAAGAAGCAGUCAGCGACUUCACAUCUGAUAACUUUCCAUCAGACCGUAAGCAGCCUCUAGUGGCAGGCUCUGUGGGUUCCUAUGGAGCUUUUCUUCAUGAUGGGUCAGAGUACACUGGAUCAUAUGAAGCUGGAAUGAGUGUUGAGGAGCUAAAAGCCUGGCAUCGGCCUCAAGUCCGUGCCUUGGUUGCUGCUGGUGCUGAUCUUAUCGCCAUGGAAACUAUACCAAGUUUCAAAGAGGCAGAGGCUUUGGUGGAACUGCUGAGAGAGUUUCCAGAUACGAAAGCCUGGCUGUCCUUCUCUUGUAAGGAUAUGCAAACUAUUUCAAAUGGGAAGAAAUUCAGUGAAGCUGUGGAAAUGGCCUGUCGAUCAAAGCAGCUGGUUGCUGUCGGACUGAACUGCUGUCCUCCUGCACUGGUCAAGCCUCUUCUAGAGUCCAUCAGGUCACUCAGGAGUCCUGACGUGAGCUGGAUUGCGUAUCCCAACAGCAGCGAGGGCUGGGAUCAUGAUACGGGGUGGAUAAAAUCAGAGGAGACACCACCCUUCAUUUGGCAGGCACCGGAGUGGGCAGCUCUGGGUGCUUAUUGGAUAGGAGGAUGCUGUUGUGUUCGUCCUGCUGAUAUUGCAGAGCUGAGAGGACAACUCCUCAGUACACUGCAAUAACAAGCUGUUCACGUGCUGCUGAUACAAUAGCAUGGGUGCUGCUAUCAGAGAUUCAAAAGAGAAAAAUAAUAAUUGUAUGUGUACAAUCAUGGAAUCUUUGCCAUUUGCAAUAAAAGUCACCACUGAUGUAUA